AUGGAAAGUGAGGAGGGCUCCAGCCGCCGGUGCCGCCCCCACGCCGGCUCCCUCACGGCGCCCCCGGGGCGGGGCCGCCAUUACCGGAGCCCCUCCCCUGAGGGCGGCCGGGGCGCGUGCGCGGUGCGCGCGGCGCCUACGCGCGGGCGGCGCGGGAGCGGCGCGCUCGGGGACCGGCCGGGCCGGGCCGGGCCGGGCACCGCCGCGCUGCAGGACAGCCCCGCCGCCCUGCGGGACAGCCCCGCCGCCGCUCCCACCUCCUCCGCUUCUUCCUCCUCCUCCUCCUCGUCGCCGCCGCAGCAGCAGCUGACGCUGCUUGUGAUGCAGCCGGGCGGCGGCGAGGAGGCGGCGGCCGGGGCGGCGGGGGUGGUGCUGCAGCCCAGCGCCGACCCGCAGCUGCCGCCCUCCGCUAGCGGCGGCCUCAUGGUGUUCUACGAGCUGGGGGCCGCCGGCGAGGUCGAGGUGGGGGAGGAGGAGGCCGAGGCGGCGGGCGGCGAGAGCACGGCCAGCCUGGAGGAGCUGGAGGAGGAGGAGGUGGCGGCGACUGCGAGCGGCGAAGCGGCUGCGGGCGGCGAGUGCAAGAGCUGCACGUACGAGGGCUGCAGCGAGACCACCACGCAGGUGGUGAAGCAGCGCAAGCCCUGGAUGUGCAAGCGGCACCGCAACAAGAUCUACAAGGACAAGUACAAGCGCAAGAAGAGCGACCAGGCCCUGGGGGGCGGCGGGGCGGCGGCCGCGGGGGGCGGCCCGCGGGCCGAGGAUAGCGUUGAAGGUUCAGUGUCUGUUACAAAGCAGAGAUCAGGAUCCAUUGGAGAUCGCCCGGCACGACCUACUCUUUUAGAACAAGUAUUGAAUAAAAAGAGGCUGUCCCUACUCAGAAGCCCAGAAGUAGUGCAGUUUCUUCAGAAACAACAGCAACUGUUAAGUCAACAAGCUUUGGAACAGAGACAGCAGCAGUUCCAAGGAGCACCUGGGUAAUAAAGGACGAUCAACGAUCUGCAGAUGCAUCUAGUGCUGAUGCAGGGACAGGAUCUGUGUUUUGUAUAAAUACAAAGAAUCUCAAUGUUUAAACAAAAAUGGAAGUUGCCGUUGUUACGUAUUUGUUUCUUGUUUGCACUUUUGAGGUUUUGAGCUGCUUGGGUGUCUGCAAACUUGUGAGUGAAUCAUAGAAUGGCCUGGGUUGUGUUAUGGAAGCUUCCCAGUCUGACCAUUCAAGAGAUUCUCUGACAGUCACUCUCCCAGUGCCAGAGACUUGAAUUUCUGGGAUCAAAGCUCCUUCACUGUGGGUAGCUCCAGUGAUCUGACAGGUGCUCCACUUGACUCCCUGCACACCCAGCUCAAAGUCAGACCCCAGGUCUCAGACACCUUGUUCCAUAAAGCAAUUUAUUAGCAGUGUAAUAAUACAGAAACAGUGUGGGCUGAUGCCUCUGAGGAGGGAUCUCAGACAAAGGAACUCCUGGGGUUUUAUACCAUCACAGUCUAUGGCAAGCCUCACUCUUCCUCCUGAGUCUUGCAUUCCUGCCAUGUCCCUGUGUCCAUUCACCUGGCUAGCCACUCAUCUUCUUGUGUUUAGUUAUGCAAAGAGUUGACAGUUCACUGCCUCCUGUCUUCAGUCCCACUCAGAGCUCAAUUUGCAUCUCAAUCUGCAUCUCUAACUGCAGCUUACAAAUCAGCACCUGCACUAGAUGUAUUCCUCAUCUGUUGUAAGGGACCUUGAAAGAUCAUCAAGUUCCAACUCCCCUGCUGUGAACAGGGACACCUUUCAUAAGGCCAGGUUGCUCAGAGCUCCGUCCCCCCUGGCCUUGAGUGCUUCCCAGGGAGGGCAUAUACAUACCCAGCUUCUCUGAGCAACCUGUUCCAGUGCUUGACCACUUCACAGGGAAGAAUUUCUUCCUAAAAUCUAAUUUAAACCUACUCUCUUACAGUGUGAACCCAUUCCUCCUUCCCUGUCCCUACAUGCCCUUGUAAAAAAUCCCUCUCCCAUCUUUCCUGUAGGCUCCCUUCAGGUAAAGGAAGGCGGCAGUUAGGCGAAGCUUCUUCUUUUCCAGGCUGAACAAUCCCAAUUCUCUCAGCCUUUCCUUGUAGGAGAGGUCAUCUGUCCCUCUAAUCAACUUCUGACCCACUCUGGAUUUGCUGUAACAGGUGGAUGUCCUUCCUAUGUCUUAGGUUCCAGAGCUGGAUGCAGUCCACCAGAUGGGGUUUCACAGAUCAGAGCAGAGGGGCUGUGAUGGGUUGACUUUGGCUGGAGAUGCAGAAAUUUUCAUUACCCUGUGUUUUCACAGAUAGAUAUUAUUUUCCCAUCUCAAGAGUAUCCUCCACCCCUCCAGAUGUCCAAAAUCAGGCCAUGACUUGGGCUAGAUUCCAUCAAGAUAGGUGCUCAGGACAGGAGAAGCAGCACACUUAAUUAUUGGGCAAUAGCAUUGGCUCUGUGCCUCCCACUGUCUUUAUUCCUCACAAAAUUCAUACUUCAUCAGUUCACGUCAUUUUAGCUGCUUUACUUUUGCAACAUACAACUUAUACCACAAGUUAUUUCCCCCCCGCAAAGGUUAAAUCUCCUUGGAGCACACACCAAGUCUCACCCUCCCUCUGCAUUACCUGUUGCAGCUGAGUCGGCCACGAGACUCAGAGUGCUUCAAUAAAACUUCAGAAGGCUUCAAUCAUCAGCACCUUGUUUUUUAAAAGUCAUACCAUUUCUCUGUUGCAAUCCUAUGGGCAGCUCCAAUCAGCUCUGGCUCUUUCCCUCUCUGUUCUUGCAGGCAGCGCUAACUCGUAUGCAGCUUAUUAACUCGCGUACAGCUCGGCUUCCUCCUUCGCUGCCUCCUCGCAGCAUGACCACUAGACUCCAACUGACUGCAGCUGCCAAUUCACUCUUUAUCACACCCACAGCUGUGAGGGCAAGGCUGUUCCCACUCUUGGGUAAUUAACACAACUGCAAUGUACUGGGGGCAAGAUUGCCUUCAGCACUACCUCUAUCUUGUCUUCCUACAUCUUUCCACAACUACCCACCACUUGCACCCAGGUAUUUGAGCAAAGACAAUCCCAUAAAUAGGUUUGCCUUUUCCUAUAGGGAGAGAAAUCCACCCUGAUUUUUCCAGCCACUUCCCCUGUGUAGUACAGGGACCUUGUCUCCUCCCCCUGUGUGUAGGGGUUUUGUGUGUGCAGGACCAGGGAGGUUUGCAGAUCACCUGGUGUUAACCAGCCAAGUGGCUUCUGUUAAAUUUACAUCUCAAUUCUUCCAUGCCCCAUUACCUAACACUCUUAGCUUAGUCUUCAGCAGUCUGUUAUACCACAGAAUCUUUUCAGAGGCUUAUGGGUGAUAAGGGAUGCGAUAUCCAUUCAAUGCCAUGGUUUUUUGCCCAAGAGUUUAUUAGAUUAUUUUUAAAAUUAGUCCCAUUGUCUGAUUCAAUUUUUUCUAGGGUAUUGUAUUGACACAAAAUGUGUCUCUCAAGACCUGGGAUGGUGUCUCGAGCAGUGGCAAUGGUUUACAGGGUAUGUUGCCAGCCAGCCAGUUGUUGCCUCCUCCACAGUGAGUAUGUAACACUUGCCUUGGCAUGUUCAUGGCAGUGGUCCAGUUUUCCAGGCCUCCCCAUACCGAAAGCCCGGCUGCUGCCCUCUAUUCCUCUAUUCCAGGGAAAGUCUGCUUCAUUGGCUUGGAUGAUUGCAGUACAUGCUUCUUAUUCAUGGAUGGUCUGUGCAAUGGCCUCCAUGGUCAGGUCCACCCCUGGAUGGUGAGCCCAUCUGUCUGUUACAGCUGAUGAUUCAUGGCCCCAUCGGGUUAUAACUUAUCUACCUCUUCAUUGUUUUGACGUUCUUUAGUGCUGUAGUUUUUGGGCAUGUAAACAUCUACCUGAUGUACUUUUCAAGGCAUGUUUUUGACCUGUGCACUGAUGUCCUGCCCCAGUGCAGGUGCAGUCCAGCCCAGAUCCCUGCAUUGUCAAUUGGUCUUCCAUUUUUGCAGCCACCCCAUAGGGCAUUAACCACCACCAGGAGUCAAGAGAGAGACAGGUCACUUUUCGCGUUCAGCAGUCUGUAGGGCUAGUUUGGAUGGCUUUCACCUCUGCAAACUGGCUUGACUCUCCUGCUCCUUCAGCAGCCUCAAUGACUCCUCCACCUCUGAUGGUUUCCUGCCACACAGCAGGAUGCAUGACUAAAUAGGCCAUAGCCUCUUUCAUCUUCUGGUAACUUGUUAUGUGGGGGUGCUUCUUGUGCACAAAUCUCUUUCUCUGGCAAUGCUCCAAAAUCUUUGCAUUCUGGCCAGUCCAUGAUUUUUUCCCAGAAUUCCCAGUUGAGCUUAUGUAAUCAAUGCUAUCUUCUUACUCCAUGUAGCAUUGGCUGAGUGAUCUGUUCUGGGGAUGUUUCCUUUGAAAUCUGGAGAAGUCUUUUCCAAUUAUUUUUAAACCUUAAUUUUAAUAUUUGUAAAUAAAAAUCUGUUAAUUGUAGCAGUGUUUAGAUGUACACCCUUUUCCUACCAAAGUUAUAAUAAAUUAAGAUUUUUCUAUAUAAACAUUUACAGUUAAACAAGUCAGUCUGAUGACAAUCAUUGAUGGAAGUCAGUUAUUUUCUGUGGACAUUGUGAAACAAAGUUCUGAAGCUGAGCCAGUCUAAUGGCAUUACCUAACAGAAAUUGCUCAGGGAUAUGAGAAAUUUAUGUCCUGUAGAACCUUGCACUAAAGGCAAAGACAACAUGCCAUCAAGAAGUCAAUCCAGCAGUUUGGUGAUUUGUUAAUUACCUUCGAGCUGAGCAGGUUUGAAAUGCAUCAUUGUGCAUUGCAUGUAAAAGAAUUUGCAUUUAAAAGUUCCUAAAGUGAUAAAUGGCAAAAAGCUUUAAAAAGUAUUGGGUGAAAAGUAUGAAACUGGGAGUUGGACCUUGUUAUAUGGAGUUAUUUGAAAAUACUAACUUCUUAUAUGUGAAAUAUAACUUAAUUACAGAUUAGAAUACCACUAAUUUUAAGUGAUGAAAUUAAAUUAAAUUUUAAAGCUUUUAACUCAUAAUAGUAAAUAAUUCAAAAUCUAGUCUUCUCAAAAAGGUAUAGUUAAAAUUCUUUUAUUAAGACAACAGAUCUCUAAUCAGCUGCAGUGCUAGACUUCACAGGUUUUCAGCCAAUUAAAAUGAACUUGCAAUUGAUUGGGUUAAGAAUCCAACCACUAUAUUAUGUAAGUGUUAAGUCCCAUGUUUUAUUUAUAAAAAUAGUUUCGUAUUAGUCCACAUUUCUGAGUAGAGGUUAUCCGAAUGGGUUAGGUGAUUAUUAUCAAGUACUGCUUUUAUAUUGCAACAGUUUGAUCCACUAAAUAAUAUCUCUUCAGCAGUAUUUGUUAGUCUUAUGGGUUUUUACAAGCUGUGCUUUUUGUAUGUACAAAACUUUUUCUGUAGGGAUUUAUUGUAUUUAGUAUUGUGUAAGUUGUUCUUUAAAAAAGAACUUGAAAAUCUUUGUAUAAACAGUUCAGGACCAAUAA